AUGGAGAUUUGUCCAGCGCAGCUUUUGGUAAUUGGUAGGCAACAUACUGAUACUAAUAUGGGGUUUAAACCUCCAAAACCGCCGCGACCUGCAGUGAAAGCAAUGCAAGAUAGAUAUAUGAUGGAUGAAUCCAUUGAAGAAGAACUACUGCAUGAUGAUGAGCCUUCGUCGUCGCCGGAGAUUGAUUCGGUAUACGAGUUUGAUGCGUCUCAGUUCUUUGAUUUCACUCGACCGGAGUCUCCUUCCGAGGCUGAACGAGCCGAGCGGUGGUUCCAAGACGCCGGAUACUACCCGCCUUCUCCUUUCUUUUUUAAGUUAAACUUGAAAAAUAUCAGCCCUAUAGAAGAAGCAAAGGAAUCUCCAAUGUCAAAACACUGCAUUUCUUCAUCCAAUGAGAAGAUGAUGAUGAUGAAAGGAACAACAUACAACGAUCAAAGAGUUGAGGAUACUCCAAAAGCUAAAUCAAAGUCAAUGACAAAAUCCUCCAAACCCAGGAGCUCAACCUUAAUGAAACCUACGGCUAGUCAGUUGGCCAAGCAGAAUCAUGCACUACUGCAUGAUAAUCAAGCUACCAAAAGGCAAAAAUUGGAGAGUGGUUACGUGCGUAAGGUUGCUGAUUUGAAACACCAGACUUCGUUACUGCACAAGUCGUCCAAACUGGGUGGAUUGUCUCCUGCUGCAAAAACCAUACAUUCUAGGUUGAAUGUUACAGUUCCCAGAGAGCCUAACUUAGAAACUCGGCGUAGGGCACAAUGGCGGAGGUUAAGGCCCAAGAAUGAUUUAGGCUCAAGUGAUCAGCAUGUUACAGAGAAACCCAUUGCCUUCAAAGCCCGGGCAAUGAACAAAAAUGUUGAUUCUAGAGUCUCCUUCAAUGCCCCGACAUAA